AUGGAGCUGACGAUCGCCAAUGCAAUGCGCAAGCGCGAGCAGCAGCAGCAGCAGCAGCAGCAGCAGCAGUGUGUGUGUGUGUGUGUGUGUGUGUGUGUGUGUGUGAUCACGGAGAAGAGGUCGCAGAGGGCAUCCGCAACGUCCUCCUUCAUCAUCACAUGGAAAGGUGGAAAGGUGUCUCUUUCUCUCAUUUUUUCUCUCAUUCGCUCUCUCUCUCUCUCUCUCUCUCUCUCUCUCUCUCUCUCUCUCUCUCUCUUGAGUUUUGAUCAAAGUCUUGAGAACGUGGUGACCGAGCGUCACCCGCUCAAACCGUACACGACCUUUACCGAGUUUUACACCCACUACGCCAGUGAGCACCGUGAUCACACUUGCCGCCUUCUCCACAUUGUGGGCACCAGCCUGAUCACCGCCACCGUCCUGAUCUCUUCCCCCGUCACCUUUGUGGCCAUGGGUCUGGCGGGUGCCGUUGGCUACAUUGCUUGCGGUCUUUUGGCUGCCGCCCCCUCUGGCAUUGUCGAGGGUGUCCUCAUGAUCGGCACCUUUCUUCUGGCGCACCGCAUCAUGACUGGCAACUACAAGAUGGCGCUCUUUGUUGUUCUCGUGGGCUACUCUUUUGCCUGGGUCGGCCACUUUUUCUUCGAGAUGAACCGCCCAGCCACCUUUAUCUACCCUUCUUUCAGCCUCAUGGGUGACUAUCGCAUGACCUUCAACGUCCUCACCGGUAUUGAAUCCCUAUAA